GGGUGGCCAGCCGGCAGAACCGUGAGAUCCCUCGAGCAGUUCAGAUCGUACACUCCGAUACUUAGUUCGGUUAAUCACGGAUUCACAGUGAAGGGAUUUAACCCCCUUAACUAUUAAAUAACACAAAAAACUCGUUUAAGCAAACAGUGUGGUGAUAAGUUUAAGUGACAAAGUGCUUAGAUUCACAUUUAAAUUGGAUAUUGGAUAAACUGUGAGCAAAAAUGGUGAACAUGGAAGGUUCAAGUGAACAACAAACAGUGACGGCGUCUCCACCACCAAUUCGCAGCGUCUUAAAAACAAACUUCAGCAUCCGGAGCAUUUUGCCAGAAGCUUGCUCCGGUACGCAAUCAACACCCUCGAUAAGUGAGUCUAUUUCCGCAUCAGACGUGUCUCACAUCGACAGUUGCGAUGAGGCCAGUGAUUUGGACGUAACUGGAGGUGCUGAAACACCACCAUUAGAUUGUUCAACCACCGCUUCGUCCUCCUCUGAUAGUCCCUCCAGCCUGAAGGACGGUUCCUCCACCACUGAUGACGGGAAGAAGAAAAACGAAAAGCCACCUUACAGCUACAAUGCGCUGAUAAUGAUGGCCAUCCGCCAGAGUCCCGACAAGCGGCUCACUCUCAACGGCAUCUACGAGUACAUAAUGCGGAACUUUCCCUACUACGAGAACAACAAGCAAGGCUGGCAAAAUUCCAUCCGCCACAAUUUGUCCCUGAACAAGUGCUUCGUAAAAGUUCCGCGCCACUACGACGACCCCGGCAAAGGAAACUACUGGAUGCUGGAUCCCAGCUCGGAAGACGUCUUCAUUGGUGGAAGCACCGGAAAAUUGCGCAGAAGAACCACCGCAGCCUCCAGAUCUAGAUUGGCAGCCUUCAAACGGUCAGUCAUCAUGGGCCAUGGCUAUCCUCCACCUUACGCACCUCACGGAUGGGCAGCAGCUUCUCUUUAUCCCUUGCACUACUUGCAUCGUGGAUAUCCUCCCACAGCUGGAGUCUAUCCUCCGGCUGGAUACUCCGCGAGCAUGCUUCCUGGUGCUCCGAACGCUGGCAUGCCUUGCAAGCCACAGGCCCUCCCAGCGUCAGCAGCGCCCAAUAUUCACGGAGGAUUCUCCAUGGAGAGGCUCCUCCAGACUCCCGUUGGAUACCCCAACGGCAUUCCGGCUCCUGGAUUACCAUCGCCUAGCAAUCCUUACGACUUCUACGCGACUUUGAGGAAUUUGGCCGUCCAGCAGCAGCAUCAUCAAGCUGUUUUUGGACAACCAAGGUACCACAUGCCUCAGCAUGUUCCAAGUCAACCUACUUCGACGACCGCGUCUCCUGGCAGCAGUCCCGAACCUAUGUCACCGCAUUCGCCGCCGGCCUCUCUCAGCUCCGUCGGACAGCCGCUUCAAACUCAGUCAAGCUCGCCACAAUUAUUACUUAAGCCGAUUAAUGUUCUCACUAGGCGACUCAGUUGAAUUUAAUUAGGGUUUUUCAGUCAUUUUUGUUCUUGUUCAGUUUUUAUUUAUUACUUUUGUCAAAGUAAUUUUAUUAUUUAAAAGUGAAGUUUUAUUCUUUGAUAAAUUUAAUAGUGAUUGAAAAAUUUUGAUAAAAUGUUUUUUAAAUUCUGAAUCAAGGGUGAGUUUGAUGAUGAGUUGCAAUUACCAAAUUUGGGGCUUUGAGCUCCAAUAGUGAUGAUAUUUAAAUUAAGAUUGUAUGUAUAGUGUAUAUAGAUCUAUUGAUUAGAUAUUAUUAUAUAUAUAUAUAUAUUGAUGACUAAAGAUAUAUUAAGUUAAAUUAAUAAUCAUUAACGUAGG